UGCUAAUUAAAGACCUUUUCCAAGUUUGGCUUUGGAUUCUUUUGGUCCCAAUGGAUACCUUCCCUCACAAAAGGCUUCCAUGAUAAACGCCAGAUUCAACCCUUGCUCUCUCCCUAUUUAUACGCACUUCAUCAGGUCCUCUCAUCUCGCAAAAGCUCCCAAACUCGGUCGUCCACUCUGUGCUUCGAAACCCUAGUCGGAAUCCCAAAGAAACAGCCGAGAGUUUCAAAAGGAAUCAAGAAGACGACUUCGCACCUUUCUAAACGCCAUACCCACUUCCCAAGAACCAAAACUUUGAACCUCUCCUCGAUCGGAACGAUGGCAUUCAAGACAAUAAAGAAGAAGAUGUGGAUCUUCUCUCUCUGAAAAUCUCACCCUCUCUCGAUCUCGAUCUCGAAACCAUUUCUUGAUCCUUGUCUUGUCUCGUGAUGGAAGUUAUGACCAUUAUUGCAAUAUCACUUACCAGCACCAUCCGGAAAGCCAGCAACCAGCACAACUUCCCCCUCCAAAAGCUCUCCUUCUGGUUCGCCCCCACCAGCCGCCCGCCCGGCGCUUCCAAGUUCGACCCCUGAAAAAGUUCCGCUUUCUUCUGCUGUCACUUAGUUUUAUUUAGGAGACUGAAAAGUUUCUACAUGGCUCUUUACACUGAUCGUUGUGAACCGGGUUUGUAUGGAUCGGACCCGCAUCAAAUGUUCGACCCCUUCUCGCGGGCUAAUGGGUCGGUGCCGGAGGUGGCCACACCGCAGUCGUUGGUGUUGGAUGGUGAGAAGAGCGAGCUCGUGAUCAAGGCUCCGAAUAGAGUGGCGAAGAAGAAUGUUUCGGAGGAGAAGGCGUUGGCGGCGUUGAGGAAUCAUAGUGAGGCCGAGAGGCGGCGGAGAGAGAGGAUCAAUUCACAUCUAGCCACUCUCCGCGGCUUAGUUCCCUGCGAUGACAAGAUGGACAAAGCCACAUUGCUUGCUCAUGUCAUCGAGGAGGUAAAAGAGCUGAAGAAGAAAGCAGCAGCGGCAAGUGAAGGCCUUCUUGUGCCUAUGGACGCCGACGAGGUCAAAGUUGAGCCGCUCGAUGACGCCGUGGGAAAUGGUACGUUUUCUUUCAAGGCAUCCAUCUGUUGCGAAUAUCGACCCGAGCUGCUUUCUGAUCUCAGGCAGGCUAUCGAUGCCCUCCGCCUGAAGAUUGUGAAGGCCGAGAUAUCGACCCUCGAAAGUCGCUUGAGGAAUGACUUCAUCUUCUCAAGCGGCAAAGACGAGUUUAGCUACCGCUCAAGUGUGGAACGGCAGCUCCUCGCGAGCUCGAUUCGCCAGGCUCUCUGUAAUGUCCUGGCUAAGACUUCUAUCUCGACCGAGUACUCGCCAAGAACGACACUCCCGAGUAAACGGCGAAGAGUCUCUUUCCUCGAUUCCUCGAGCCCUUCGUUGUGAGUGAUCGGAUAGCGAAUCCGGUGAUGUAACAGGUGUCUGUGUACGUAGUUAAGAUUAGUCCUUUCAGAGAUAUUGAACGUUCGACAUGUAAAAGCAGAAGAAGAAAUUGUACGAGACUUGUGCUGGGGUUUGGUGUCUGCCGUGAUGUGUAACAUUAAGUGUGUUGUAUAACCUAUUCUAGAUUCGGUUCGUGCUUGAAUAAAAGGGAGGGAACUAAGUUCUACUGUGAAUUUGUCAUGCAAGGUUAAUUUCAUACAGGGCAAAGAAUUUUGAGAAAUCAUUAUUCUAUGGAAAGUAUUUAUUUAGU